CAACAACCUCUCCCACAGGUGAACUUGACCUCGAAAGCACCACUCGCUACGGUGUUCUUCACAGCAGUCAAUGCUGAUAUACAUGAAUCCAUCACGAUGAAGGUCAAGAUCCUGAAGUGGAACGCAGUAGCCACAUGGCGAUGGGAUAUUCCUGACGACGACGUCUGUGGAAUUUGUCAAGUACACUUUGAUGGCACAUGUCCUACUUGCAAAUAUCCAGGCGACGACUGUAGCUUGCUCUCUGGGAAAUGCGGACAUAAUUUCCAUAUGCAUUGUAUCAUAGAAUGGAUCAAGCAGGAAUCUUCGAAGGGUCAAUGUCCUAUGUGCAGACAGAAAUUCGAAUGGACGGACAACUCGACCACGGCUGCGGUUACAACGGCAUUAAGGGGAACUGGGUUUGCAUUGGGAACGGAGUACAGGGAAUGAGAUGGAAGUUCUGAAGGAUACGGUGUUACGGCAUAUGAUACCACGGGCGCUACGACAAAUGGACAUAUGGAGUUCUCGAGUUUGGGUAAGAGAGGAACAACGCACCCAGUUAGUGUUCAUGAUGUAAGGCAGUCACUAUUCGUUAGAUACGAGAGAAAUUGCAAGCUGGCGUGAAGGCUUUCUCCACAGCUGUUACUUCAGAGUACAGAAUUGCCGUUUAAUCGGCGACGUGUAUUUUGAAGUCAUAUACAGUGGAAAGCAGAUGCUGGCCCGACUACCAGAACUCGUCCAGUGACAGUUGCUAGAUAUAAGAUCUACAACUACAGAAAUAAGCAGUUCCUCCCGAAACAUAUUCCUUGAAGCUUCUUUUCCUGUCGUUUCCCCGUACAGUAUAUGGCCACAUUAGAACAUAUCUGAUUCCAUCAUGUAUUCUUGAACUGGCGCUUUUUUUACCCUCACGUUUAUGAUCCCUCUUUCUGCUAUACGAUUUACCUUUUUUGCGACUUUCGACUAAGUGCAGAACGCUCCAGCGAUCUAAUCAAAUUGUAUGAUUGCCAACGAUCGUUUUUGCUUCUGGGUCGCAUUCAUGGGAGGUCUUCUAUUACAGAUGUGCUCUCUGGCAGGAUGUUACCGGUCCACGUGCCGACUAACAUCACACCUGCAAGGCUUGGGACUCUUCGGGAAGAUCAGGCCGAGUCAUGGCAAGUUACACGACGCACGAAUCAUCCAUUUGGUUUCGCUUCUGACUGGAAUUGAUUCUUCCGCAGCGU